AUGAGUGCGGACACCGUGGGCGGCGGAAGGCUCGCGUCCGCUACAACAGCCGUAUCGCGAUGUAUCAUUGUUCGAUACUCCUUCACUGUUAUGAUGUUCUGGAUAACAGAAGGGAAUAGGAAGUCGACUCAUGUAUGCCUUCGUAUGGAGCCAACACACGGAAUGGGCACACACGCAUCGUCUCGUACAUUCAAGGGGUGGCACAUGCACCCUGAACGACACGACACUCACACCAGUGGCGAUCCAACCCUGUCUAAGCAGGCGGGAAAGAGAUCAAACGACAACUGGACGAACGUUAGAGCGAGUUAG